AUGAAUACUAUCUCUGAUCCGGCACCGUUUGUUCCGGUGCUAAAGACAUCAUGUAUUAUGCACAGGUGUAUUUUGAAGGAUGACUUGGAUUCGCUCAAGCAUAUGCUAUCUGAUAGCAGAAGGGACUGCCUCAAUGAUCUGGAUCACUCUGGACGAACUCCUUUCCACGUCGCACUUCAAUGUGCCAACCCAAAAGCAUUAUACUUGCUUUUGUACUAUCCGUUGAUACAUCCAUCAAAAAUAUUCGCCACAUUGGAUUGGACGGAUAACUUGGAUGAUGUGUUCUCAUCUUCCUCCAGUGAUGACGUCCCCUCUCCAAGCUCUAAAACCACACUUAAUGCCGGAGAUUCUGACAGGCGCAUGGAUGACUCUUCCACAUUUGAUAGCAAAUCGGAUUUAUCCACCGAUCAUACAUCUGAUGGAAGACAAAACGGAAUGCAAAACAAUUUACAAACAUCUAAAUCAUCUGGAAAACCAUUCAAGCUGGGGAAUGUACUCUUGGAACACUGGGAAGAAUCACCCAAGGCCUAUAUUCGUUCGGCCUUAUCUCUAGAGGAUGGUAACUAUAUACAUGGUUGUGGAUUAAAGGAAGUUGAGGAUCUAUACGAGGAACAUUUUAAAUUUUUGGUCGGAGAACCUCAUACAUUAGAGCGAGCAGCUAGAGAAUAUACAGCCAAAUACCCACGACUAUACUCAAAUCACCCCGCUAAUCUAGAAAAAAUAAAGGAAAUGUUAUCAAAAUCAAACACCCUACCAUUAAAUCCCAGCAACUUUGGUGAACAUCUUAGCGGUCCCCGUAAUCAUACUCCGGAUAUCACUUCAGGUGACUCUAAAGAUACUGUAACCACCCAGCACCAAAGUUGUGAAAAUAAUAACACUUGCUCUGGAUCAGACAUACCAUAUCCUAACGAAGAGCAAAAGCUAGAUGCGGGUAAAUCCAAUCAUUCUGAGGACAAUUUAUCAAAUGAGUCUACCGAUGCAACUUCGAAUGAUGAACAUAUCAAACAAUUGAUGCCUCCAGUAACCGUUGAUUUGAUUGCCACCUUUGAUAGGACGGCACCACUACACUUGCUUUUCUCAAAUGUUUGCAUCAGCAGCUAUCGCAAAAACGUGCAGAAAUGUUUUAGAAUUCUCGUGGGAUAUUUUAAAAAAAUCGCUAAUUUUGAUCAAAUUUUCAACUCAUGUGAUUAUUAUAUCUGCGCUAAUGGUCAACACUCAGAAAAUCUCUCUCCAAACUCAAGGAAUAGGACUGAUUUAGAUACAGACUCAAAAUAUACACAAAAAUUGAAUAAAUUUUCUCUUCAACUACCAUCUGAUGAUAUCAUCACAGAAGACAAUCUUUCAAGAUCUGAUCCAAAGUCAAUUGAAAAUAUUGAUUCUGGUCAAUCUAAUACUGAUUUAAAUCUACAAUCCAGUUUCAAGAGAAGUUUGCCUCAGCCCACUGAAGAUUUAGUAGCCAAAGAUAGAAAAGUCUCUUAUACCGCUUCAGGAAUACCUUGGCCAAACAAUACUCUUUGUGCAGAAGCACCUGUGAUAUCUCAGGAAAAGAAUAUAUUAUCUUUAAGUAGAUGUACAGAUUGUGAGUUUUUAGGAGAUCUCAAAAAGGCUGGCAAUAAAUCAACAUUUGAUCCCAGAAUGAUUGUGCUUCAUAAUGCAAUUUUUGAUUCCUCUCUUUGGUUAAAAACACAUGUAUCGUGGGAAACAUUUAUCCAAAAACGUGACUUCACUCGAUCAACGAUCUUGCACAAAGUUUGCAGCACUCAUGACGUUAAACUGAUAAAACUGAUGUUGUUUUACGGAUUUUCUCCUUUGGUUGUUAAUGAAGCAGGUGAUCUGCCUGUUCACAUUGCUGUUGAGAAGAAUGAACCAUUUUGCCUGCUAACUGUAUUGCAUUCAACGUUAAAAUCGCUUUUUUACUCGAAUUUUAACUUAUCGGAUAAUCUAUUUGACUGCUGUUGUAGCGAUGCAACUUUUUGUGGAGGAUCUAAUAGGAGUUCUGGAAAUCAUUUUUUCAACACAUUUAUGAAGAGUUUGUGUAACUAUUCAGAUCAAACACAUCAUCAUGCAUUGGGGGAAAAUGGAUUCUUGAGCGAAUUUAACAAGGAUUUCAAUUUCUGGGCAAAUGUUAAUAAAUCAACUUAUUGCACCAUCUUAAAAAGUUUGGACAUUGAAAGUAAACGCAUUUUAUUCGAUGAGAUGCUUUUGUUGUUUGAACAGCUAACGUAUAGGGCAAUACGAUUUUCAUCAUGGGAGUCACUCGCAGCUAUGUUUUCCUACAAUACUGCAAUUACAUACCACAUACUAUCAAAUCCCUCACUAAUGCAUAGGUUUAUCAAUAUGGCUGCCUCUGUAAACAACCAAAAGGAGUUUAUGAAUACCGUUGACUUUGUAAUAAAGGUUGUUUUCGGUUUCAGAAUGCCAAGAGUUCCACACUUUACUCAUCCAAUUUCUAAUGAUAAUCGCAAUAUUGGAAUAUCGCAUAAGAAGACUUUAUCAAAGCUCAAUAUACAAGGAAUUAAUAACACAUACAAGGGUUGUGGAAUCCCACAUUCUAGACCAAGAACUCUUGCUUAUCUUGAUAGUCUUAGAACUGGUCCAUCUCUGCAUGAAAAUAAACUUCCAAACACUCUUACUGAUAUUUUGCAUGGAUUUAAAAGUUCAGGAACUACAAAAGAUAACGCAGAGCCGAAAAAAACAUGGAUAAUAACUCAUCCUACAUGUUUGCAUCACCUUGCAACUCCGGAACCGACGGAUGCUCCAAAUAAACGCCACAGGCUAAUUAUUACAUAUCCAGAAAAUCCAACUCGUUUGGAGGCAAUAAUAUCCAAUGAAAAUGGGAUAUUGAGAAGUGAUACGCUGAAGAACGUUAAAUUAGUUCAUAGUCCACCUCCUGCUGCUCUUGCGGAUAUUUUACGUGUUCACGAUUGGGCUUAUGUGGACAAACUGCUUGAACAGGUUCAGGUUGCUCAAAAGCGCUGGGUUACUCAUCCGUAUUGGCCUGUUUUAGCAGACGGUGAUACUCCAGUUACGCCGCAUUCUUGGAGUGCUGCAUUAUAUGCCGCAGGAUCCGUUAUUUCUGCCGUAGAUGCGGUUUGCACUAAUGCAUGUAAAAAUGCGUUCUGUGCCGUUCGUCCUCCUGGCCAUCAUCUUGGCACUUGGGGUGGUGCACAGUCUUCUAAUUUUGAAGAUGAAGAUUUUGCUGCAGGUUCCCAGGGUUUUUGUCUUAUCAAUAACGUUGCAAUUGGUGCCGCUUAUGCUAAGUAUACAUACGCAGAAAAGGGUAUUCGCAGAAUUGCAAUUGUGGAUUUUGACGUUCAUCAUGGGAAUGGAACAGAACAGAUCAUCCGCAACAUCGGCCCUAAGGUUGUAAAACGACCAAUUCCAUAUCAAGGACACGAUUUUGAUCAAUCUUUUGAGCCUCAAUACUCAAUUCACAAGCAUUGGUUUGGCUGGAGAGAUCAAAAGGACCGUGAAGAAGUAUUCUUUGCAUCUAUUCAUGCAUAUGAUGGUGUUUUUUACCCGGGAACUGGAAAACAAUGCAUAAAAUAUGAUGAUCCGUCUAGUCCCAGAAUAAUCAAUGUUGCCGUUCCUCAGGGAACUACUUCAUCGGAAUUUAGGCUCUUGUUUGAGAAAAACAUAUGUCCAUAUUUAUAUCACUUUAAACCGGACUUGAUUUUUAUCUCUGCUGGGUUUGAUGGGCACUAUCGUGAUUCUGUUAGCUAUGGAUUUACACGAUAUACGGAAAAGGAUUUUUAUUACAUUACUGAACGCUUAGUUACAAUAGCUAAUAGUGUGUGUGAAGGGAGAAUAAUAAGCGUGUUAGAAGGUGGUUAUAAUACAAAACUUGGUACUUUGUCUCCAUUUGCGAGAUCAGUCUUUGAACAUGUUAGUGCACUUUGCCAUACAAAUUCCAAGGCGGUAUAUCCGUACAUGCAUGGGCAAAAUUCGGUAGACCUCUUACUUUCCCCUGUCCUUCAUCAAGAGAUGGUCAAGGACGAUGACGUACCUAAACCAUUGACUCCAGAACCUGAGAUAGACAGGAGUGUUUUGAAGCGCGUAUACAAACUUCGCAUGAAGACAGAAAUGUUAAUUUCGAAGGUUUACUCUCUUAAAGAUUUAAAGUGCUGUAAUUUUGAUCGACUAUAUAAGUUUGACUCCACCAAAAUGUGCUCUAAAGCUGCACUAGAAAGGCACGGAAAUGCAUUUUUGAGCUUUUACUCAAAAUACUUUUACUCUUUGUAUAAUGUCGCUUUGAGUUUCUUUUUCUCUUCUUAUCCAUCUUUUCCAGACUUUUCAAAUUUGGAAGAUUUGAACAAAAUUGUUGAAGGUGACGAUUUUUUGCCACUUCUCGACACCACAUUAUCGGACAUGUUUAUCGGCGAUUCUCAUACAUCUUCCAAUGAUCAAAAUAUAGACGAUAUUCUGAUCAAUAUAAAGGCUCAUAAAGACAAUAACGAGAUGAAUAACCUCUUAUUAUCGAACAAAUGGUUCAGAGACAUAAAGACAAAAUCCUUGGAACAAAACUACAUCGUAUCUGAGCUUCUUUACAACUACUUUAAAAAGUAUGCAUCGGUAUUCACAAAACCUUGCAUUUUGCACUCUUAG